UUCCUUCUCUCACUCUCCACAUUCUCUCUCAUUAAAUUACAAAAAAAAAAAAGUCAGAUUAUUUUUCUGUGAAGUAAAGUGUUGCUUUACAGCUCAACUUCGUCUUCUUCCUCCGUCUUCCUCCUCGCGGAUCCAUUCUCAGGAGCCUCUUUUUGUUUCUUGAAGAUAGACAGAGCAGCUGAGUAUAUGAUACGAGGGGAAGAUUCUUCUUUCAAAUGAUUGGCAGUAACUAUAUUGUGCUUGUACGGUUCCAUGAUGGGCGCCUGUCUGAUGAACCGCUGGCUUAUUUUUAUCACGUUUCUUUGUGCACUGACCAAUGUUAAUGAAGCGCUUAGCCCUGAUGGUGAGGCGCUUGUGAGUUUUAGAAGUGGAGUUUCCAGAGGAUCCUGAUCCGUGUAACUGGAAGGGUGUGACUUGUGAUUCGCAAACAAAAAGAGUUAUAGCCUUGAGUCUUACUCAUCACAAACUAAGGGGACCUUUACCUCCUGAGCUUGGAAAGCUGGAUCAGUUGAGGAUUUUAAUGCUUCAUAACAACGCUUUAUAUGGCUCAAUACCUGCAGCAUUGGGAAAUUGCACAGCAUUGUAGGGAAUAUACUUGCAGAACAAUUACUUGUCGGGGACAAUCCCAAGCGAAAUGGGAAACUUGUCUGCGCUUAAAGAUCUAUGUACACGCACCUCUGUACAACAAAGGCUCCAGUAUAUUCAAGCUAUCCAAGAAUUGCAGGAGGAGAUCAAGUUGUUACAGAUUCCCAACGAGAAACUGAAUGGUGAGGGGCUCAAUGGUCUGAGCUACUCUGAGCUAUCUUCAAUUGAAAACAUGCUAAACCAGGGUUUAGUCGUUGUGGAAGAACAAACCGACAAGGCCUAUUAUGACUUCGCAACCAUGCAGAUUGUGGAGAGCGUUGUUAUGGGGAUGGAUUGGACUGACAAACUCGAGAAAGAGGAUUUGGCCUAUCAAGCGCGUCUGUCAAGAAGAAGAACAGCUGUGAGGAACAAGUCUAGAGAACUCCGCCUCAGCCCUCAAGACAGCCAACAGGAGCAUAGUCAUGACCAUGAAGAACUGAUGUUAACCAUCGAGUCUUUGAAGAUCGAGAAGAAGAGACUGCUGCUUUUGAGCCAACGAAUGAUUGGUAAAGAGCUUGACGGUAUGAGUUACGCUGAGCUGUAUGUGUUGGGCUUUGAUAUAACGCGUGCUCUUAUGAACGUAAUGCAAGAGAUGGACAAGAUAAAACAUGCCGCCCGAGUCAGCAAGGAAUCAAUCUCCUUGGACACAACCAUGGCUCUCUGUGACUGAACAUAAUCCUUCUUGUGGGGGCACAGGACAGAGAUUGACUCUUUUUUCUUGAAUAAUUAUAAGACUAUGUACUUAUGGUUGCUUGUGUUUUAAAAUCUCUGGUGAUGUGAUUAUAUCUACAGACUUGUGUUCUCUUUGCUAGACUCUAGACUCCAGUUUGCAAACUACGAUUAUAAGCUAUAAGUUUUUAAAAGAUAUCUGCUUCUUCAAGCCCA